CUCUCAAAAAACACAACCUCUACUUGUCAAGUUCAUAUACUUGUUUUGAGAAAUACGGAGAUUAGAAGAGGAUGGGUAGACCUCCAUGUUGUGACAAAGCAGGAGUGAAGAAAGGUCCUUGGACACCAGAAGAAGAUAUCAUGUUAGUUUCUUACAUCCAAGAUCAUGGCCCUGGGAAUUGGAGAAGUAUUCCUACAAACACUGGGUUGAAGAGAUGCAGUAAAAGUUGCAGACUUAGAUGGACUAAUUAUUUGAGGCCUGGGAUUAAACGUGGCAGUUUUAGUGAUCAAGAAGAGAAACUCAUUGUUCAUCUUCAAGCUCUUCUUGGAAAUAGGUGGGCAGCAAUAGCUUCUUAUCUCCCAGAGAGAACAGACAAUGAUAUCAAGAAUUAUUGGAACACACAUCUGAAGAAGAAGCUAAACAAGGUUCCAAAUCAUGGUAUUGAUAAAGGUAAAUGGGAGAGAAGUCUUCAGACUGACAUUAAAAUGGCAAAGCAAGCACUUCUUGAUGCUUUGAGUUUGGAUGAAGCACCAAACUGUGAACUUAACUCAGUGACUACUUAUAAUAACUCUUCUUCUUCUUCUUCCUCAUCAUCAUCAACAUCAACAACAGCAACAAAAACUUAUGCAGCAAAUGCUGAUAAUAUAUCAAGGCUGCUAGAAGGAUGGAUGAAGGAGAAGUCUGGUGUUUCUACUCAGAGUUCAACAACCAGUGCUAACACCAUGGCAAUGGAUUCUCCAUCCAGUGGAGGAACUGUGACCUUUGAGGCUGGUUUAAUGCCUUACUCUUUUCUUGAGACUUGGCUCUUUGAUGAGAAUGUUUCUGAGAAAGAAGAACAAGAUGCUUUUCUUGAUGUUUCUUUAGUUGAUAAUUCAGAAUUCUUUUGAAGAAUGAAUGAAAAUUACAAGCU